UUGGCGUUGCCAUUGCCAUCGGCUAGCACUAGGAACUGACGCAUCAUGGGCAGAGCAGUUGAAAUUUUAAGCUUACUUUUGCUGACUUGGGCUCACACUCAGGCGGCGAGUUCCAGCAACACGAACAGCAUUACGGAAACCACGGAGACUACAGACUCCACGGAGGCAACGGAGACAACGGAGACAACGGAAUAUGGACCAAUUAGCAUAGUGGUUGACCAGCUAUCGAAUAUGGCCGUGAAUAUUAGUGACCAGACGUCCUCACAGCUGCAGGCGAACAUCGAGCACACGUUGACGAACAUCAUGGACAGUCUGGAGGCGCUGACUACCAAUGCCAUGGCAGAGAUAAGCAUGGCCAUCGACGACACGAAUCAGCUGCUGCUGGCCAAUCCCAACUGCAAUGCCGCCUGGAAUCUGCAAGACUUCACGCUCAACGUGACAGAUGAGCUCAGAGCCUGCACGGAGCAACUGACCAAUCUGAUUGGAACCUAUCGCGCUGACGGCGAACGUGCGUUGGCCAAAGUGCAGGGCUUUGUGCAGCAGAUGGCUCAGCUGCCGGGACUUUGUCAAAGUCUAGAAAUGGGCGUGGCAUUAGUGCCCAUGGGCAUUAGCUUUGAUACCAGCAACAGUUGCUUCUUGCGCGGCAUCGCUGCCAUCAAUCAGGGUCUAGCCGAAGCCAUGCACAACGCUUCCAUGUUGCUGGUGCGCACGCGUCGUCUGUCCCAGGAUCAAUUGGCCCGGUCACAGCAGUGCAGCAAUGCGCUUGUCGCCCAGGUCACUGAGUAUCUGCGCGUUCAGCGCGCCAAUUGUAGUUAAGUAGGACUUAAACUAUUCAUAAAAGACAAAUUUCGAUUGUUACGCACGCAAAUAUAAAUGGCAAUUUAUGCACCC